UGGCGCGCACUGGUAACCAGGCAGCGGGGUGGAAGAAGGGGGAGGGAAAGACGGGCGGAGCGGGCGUCGGGGCCUCGCCGUUCGAUGGUGGGCGGCUGUUUUAGUCGCGAUGGCGGCGCCAUACCGAUGCGUGGAGUGCAACGAGGAGGCGCUGGAGUUGCACAGGGACUACAACCACGGUAUCAUCAAGAUCACCAUCUGUAAAACAUGCCAGAAACCAGUUGAUAAGUAUGUUGAAUAUGACCCAGUGAUCAUUCUCAUUGAUGCGAUCUUAUGUAAAGUUCAAGCUUAUAGGCAUAUAAUCCUCAACGCCAACAUUAAUAUUCACUGGAAGCUGUGCAUUUUCUGUUUGUUAUGUGAAGCAUAUCUUAGGUGGUCACAGCUACAGGAUUCACAGCAAACGGUUGAUCCUACAGAUAUAAUUCGUUAUGCCAAAGAAUGGGACUUCUAUCUAAUGUUUGGAUUAGCUAGUUUGGAGCUAACGGCAUUCCUGAGUGGGGUGUUUUUCUUCGUGUGGUUAACAAAACAAGAUUUCAUCCAGAAAAAAUCAAAUCUCAACGUGCUGCUAAUAGCCUUAUUGUUGUCUGGUUAUGGGAAACUCCUUGUCAUUCCAGUUGUGAUUUGGGAACAUGACGACUCACCUCUGUACAUUAACCUCAUCAAGUUCUUUGUUCUUGCAUCAAAUGCACAAGCUGUCAGAGUUGUGUUGAACAGCAGCAGAAGGUUUGCAUUAUCUGUCAUUUCUGUUGGAUGGAUGGUGGAGCGUUUCACAGCCUACAUUUUUCAACAUCUCAAAUGGAGUACAUAGAAGGUUCAGAACACUAUGCUGGAAUACAAAAAAUGACUGGCUCGUGCACCCUGUUCAGUCUGAGAAAACUUUUAUACUUUCUGCUGAUGCAUAUUGAACAAGGAGAGUGGUUAACAUCAGACAUAAAAAGCAGAACGAAGGAAGCAAAUAAAAAAACUUUCACAUUUACAAAAGGCAACUUCCAGUAAAGUCCAGUUAUCCAUUCAACUUGACUGCUGUUCAUGUUAAGAAUCACAUCUACUAAUAUGUUGCAAUAUUUUUGUCUUGCAUCAUAGGAAGAUCAAAUUCUAAAAUAUUUAGUGAUUUUAUAAACUAACAGGCAGAGUUUGCACUUAAAAAAUACACAGUACCAGUUUUGCAAUCUAGUAUUUAAUCUUAACUAAUAAAAAUUUUGAAUAGUAUCACUUUCUCUUCUCUACUUCAGAAAUUAUUAUAAAAGGAAAGUAACACUCUGUUUUUUUUGCUAUUUGUAUCUUAAAAGGAAAACCUCAAGAGUCAUAGAGUAAUACAGCAUGGAAAAUGGCCCUUCGCCCUAACUAGUCCAUGCCAACCAAAAUGUCCAUCUAAGCUAGUUCCGUUUGACCCAUGUCCCUCCAAACCUUUCCUAUCCAAGUACCUGUCCAAAUUUUUUUUUAUGUUGUUAUUGUACCUGCCUCAACCACUUCCUCUGGCAGCUUGUUCCAUACAUGUACCACCUUCUGUGUGAAAGAGUUGCCCCUCGGGUUCCUAUUAAAUCUUUCCCCUCUCAUCUUAAACCUAUGUCCUCUAUUCUUGAUUCCCCCGGGGCAAAAGACUGUGUGCAUUCACCCUCAUAAUUUUAUACACCUCUGUAAGAUCACCCCUCAGUCUCCUACACUCCCAAGGAAUAAAGCUCUAGCCUGCCCAGCCUCUCCCUAUAACCCAGUCCCUCAAGUCCUGGCAACAUCCUCAUAAAUCUUUUCUGCACUCUUUCCAGCUUAAUAACAUUCCUAUAGCAGGGUGACCAAAACUGAACUGUCAGGGCAGCACGGUAGCGUAGCAUUUAGCGUAACGCUAUUAAAGCGCCAGCGAUCGGGGUUCAAUUCCCAUCACUGUAAGGAGUUUGUACGUUCUCCCGUGUCUGCGUGGGUUUCCUCCCACAUUCCAAAGAAGUACAGAUAGGUUAAUUAGGUUUAAAAUGGGCAUCGACUUGUUGGGCCGGAAGGGCCUGUUACCAUGCUGUAUAUAUAAAAAAAAAAAAUUUUUUAAAAAAGAACAGGAUACUCCAAGUGUGGCCCCACCAAAGUCUUAUACUACUGCAACGCAACUUGCCAACUUCUGUACUCGUGGCCCUGACUGAUGAAGGCUAGUGUGCCAAAAUUAACUUCAUACUUGAUCUAAAUAUCUUGCAAACAAAUUGGUUUGCUUUGCUAGCAUGCCGAUAACAUGGUAUUGUUAUGAGGCUGAAUGAACAUAGACCACUGAUGCUACCAGUCAUCACCAGGUAAUGAACAGGUUCCAAUUUUAUAGAUAUCCAUGAGUUGAUUUUAUUCUUAAGUCAAAAAGUACAAAAAGGUCACUCCAUAUGGUAACUAUACCUCUAUAGUAUUGUAAUGAAUGGCACCAAAAGCACAUAAGACAAGAAAGAGCAAUUACCAAAAGAGGAGAGAGACAGGAAACUAGUUCUGCCAUUCAAAGGAACAAAUGUGUACCUAUAGUGGCUUUUUGAAUAUGUAAUGGUUAGCGUAACGCUAUUACAGCGCCAGCGACCUGGGUUCAAUUCCAUCGCUGCCUGUAAGGAGUUUGUACGUUCUCCCCAUGUCUGCGUGGGUUUCCUCUGGGUGCUCCCGUUUCCUCCCACAUUCCAAAGAUGUACAAGUUAGGAGCUGUGGGCAUGCUAUGUCGGCACUGGAAGAGUGGUAACACUUGUGAGCUGCCCCCAGCACAUUCUCAGUAACGCAAAAAGUCACAUUUCACUGUGUUUCAAUGUACGUGAUUAAUAAAUAAAUAUCAAUAUCAAUAA